AUGUCCUUCUGCCUUUUCGAGAAGGGCUUCUGCCUGCUGAAGCUCUGUCAGCGGAAAAGCGAGCAGCUGGCCGCAGUCCAAGCCAUGCAGGACCUGGGAGAAGAAGGGCGUCUGGGGCGGCUCCCCGAGGAGCUGGAGGAAGGCUACCUCGGCCUGGGCGCCAAGGGCCGGGUGCUAUGGCUGGACCCGAAUGCCACGCCGGCUCACGAAGCGCUGCUGGCGGCGGAUCAGAACCUCUCCUACAUCGCCUCGGUGCUGGCACCUUUCAGCGGAGAUGUCUUCGAGAAGCCGCUCCGCGAGCGCACCCCGGCCCUGCUGAGCCUCUCGCUCGACGAGGAGGAGGAGGAGGACUACCCCCAGCCUCCGGUGGAUGACAGGAUGCUGGGCGACUUCCUCUCGGCGUGGCGCCGAGGCCUUGUCCGUGCGUGGCACUUCAUGGGCCCCAGCUCUGUGACCUUGGAGCUGGAGACUCGCGAGGGCCCUGCAGCUGCAGCCUUGCCUUUGCAGCAGGAAGUGAUUCGCCUUACCGCGGACCCGGGGACCCUGCUGCUCUACCGCCCCGAGUGCUUCGUGCUGUCUUCCACGGUGAAGGGUGAGAGUUUGGGCAUCAGCGCCACCUUCCUCUCUGAGCAGCCGCGAUGGUUCGUGAGCGCCUCCAAGGACUUUGACCCCAGCACCUGGCUCUGCUUGGGGGGUCACCUGGCACCCGGCGGCCCGCCGCCCCCAGAAGGGGAAGGAAUCCACGUUCUCCACACCGCUACCCGCUUGCCAGCCCUGUGGGACGAGCCGGAGAUGUACAGCACAGGGAUGAACGCGGGCACGGACGCAGUGGUCGAGGUCCCCAUCACGCGCUUCGACGUGACCGCCUACUUCACGGACAACCCCGACGAGAUCAACGUGAUGAAUCCGAAGAUGAACCAAAGGCACACCUCCUUCGUCGACGGUAUCGAGCUCUUCGACAACAAGUACUUCGAGAUCUCGAACAACGAGGCCGUGACCAUGGACCCUCUGCAGCGGCAGGUGCUGGAGGUGGGCGGCGCGCUGCUGCAGCAGAUGGGCAUCUCCAAGAAGGUGUCCAACAAGCGGUCGCACCAUGUGGGCGUGUCUGUGGGCGUGGACAAAGCGGACUUCCCAACCUUGGGGGUAAUGACCGGUGGCAACAACGCGCUGGCGAUCAUCGCCAACCGCUUCAGCUUCGUCUUCAACCUUAAGGGCCCGAACUACAUCUGCGACACUGCUUGCUCCGCCUCCCUGACGGCGACGCACCUCGCGAAGCAGCUGUUGCUGGAUCGAGUUUGGGACGUCCUGGACUUUCAUGUGGCCACGGGCACCCACCUCUGCCUGUCCCCGGGCCCUUGGGUGGGCUGCGCACUGGGGCACAUGACCUCGCCACAGGGCCGCUGCUUUACUUUCGACUCCACCGCCAACGGAUAUCUUCGCGGCGAGGGCACCUCAGGCAUGAUUCUGAAGUACGGAGACUACGAGCAGGCAUCUACGAUCUACCGGGCCUCACAAGUUGGCCAAGAUGGGCGCAGUGCGAGCCUGACGGCUCCCAACGGGCCCGCGCAGGAGGAGAUCAUCUCGCGUGCCAUCAGGGAAGCGAAGAUGACCCCACCGGAGUCGACUUGCUGGGAGUGCCAUGGCACAGGCACAUCGCUGGGGGACCCCAUCGAAAUUGGAGCCGUCCGGAAGAUCCAGCGAAAGGUGCCACGUAGCGAGCCUUUGAUGAUGUCAAGUAACAAGACGAACAUCGGCCACUUGGAAGGUGGUGCAGCAAUGGCUGCAAUGGUGAAGUCUGUGCUGACGGUGCAACAGGGACAGUGCUUAGCAUCUUUGCAUGUCCGACAGCUGAAUCCACAUCUGGAGCAUACCAUCUUCGAUGCCUUCUUCGAGACCGAGCGCUCUUCUUUUGCUGCCGAGCGCGGGCACGCGCAGAUUUCUUCCUUCGGUUUCGGGGGGACCAACGGCCACUGCGUCUUCUGGGGGAAGAGCCGCCAAAAGCAGGAUGUCCAGGCGCUGCUGCUGCGGCGCAUCGCGCGGAUGUCCCCGGCCGAGAUCCGAGUCAUCGGCAACGACCCGAAGGACUGGGAAGCCGACCUUCCGGAGAAGAAUCCGCUGCCCGGGGAUGUUUACAGCAUCGUCCUCCGGCCUGAGGAUCCCAUCGACGAGCCGAUCAAGUGGGUCAAGGUGCGGGAUGCCUCUGAGCAACGCGAAUCGCUGACGGACUUUUACACCGUCACUGGCAGCUUCAACUCUUGGCAACAGGACACCCUGGCGCCCGGAGCCCCUGGACACUUCUCGAUGGUCGUCUUCGUGCCCUCGGACGGUGUGCUGGAGUUCCGGUUCCUGAAGAAUGGCAACGAGCAGCUGGUGCUGGCACCAGAGAAAGACAAGUGCACAGAGAAGCUGGCGCGGGUCCUGGGACCUCAGGAGGGCUUGCGAAGCUGCUGGUCCGUGAAGGCGGCGCCGAGCUCCUGCGUACGCCUGGAGCUGCUCUGCCUCCGAAACGCCUACGGCGUCUCCUGGAGCCCCAUGUAG